AUGCGUACGCUGAUCACGAGCCCGACGCGCACGGAAGGAACCGUUCAAAAAGCGUAUUUGGGUCUGCACUUGCUUUUGGUAGCUGGUAAUUUCCAGCCCAGGGAAACCAAAGUUUUGGCAAAAGAAGGUUCCAGCCGGAAAGCCACAGCUAGAAGCUUGACCCAAUCACAAAAAUUUGAACAGUGCAUCAAGAUUGUUGCGAUAUGCCACCUCAUCUGGGAUUCGCCGCCCGACUACGACUACAUUGAGUACGAGGACAACGACGAGGAUAUAAACGAAAAAACCCUAGGUCCGGAAGAAACUUACGUUAGCAUCAAGGAGGAUUACAAAAAGGCCAAGUGCGUUCCUCCAGGCCUCAGUCAAAAAGAUAUAGCCAAGUUUUGGGAGGCUGUCGCCGAGUGGGAGACGGAAGUGAAGAACCUUUUUCUCGUAGAGAAAUUCGUUCCUAUCGUCAAGGAAUUCGACAACGCUAUUAAGAUUAAUCUGUGGGGGGUGCUUCGUCUUCGAAAAACAAUAAUGUGCUAUCGAAGCUUGUUUUCCAAUCCGAAACCACCACAAACAACAACAAUAACAACAACAGGACGAUCCACACAAUUGACGACGACACCCACGGCAAUUUCGUCAACAACGGUUUCUCCCUUGACUGCCAGUAGUUGCAAUGCGUACACCGAAAUCGGAGUUUGGAUAAAUGAGCAGAUCAAUGGAACUUUAAGUCUGGAUAAACUAAUCAAGAAGUUGCCAAAAAUUGUGGGGGAGCUCGAGCGCCACAUCCGCAGAAGUUGCUGUCCCUAUCAGCCCGUGCGAGAUCGGGUGGAAGUAGUCCAUGAUGGCAUCGAUUUCAUAUUGGAAUUUCACAGAAUAGAGCCCUACAAGAGAGCGCAGUCCUCGGGUUUUAUUGGCGCAGACUUUGAUAAUCUAAAGACGAGAUUGGAGUACCUAAGCUCGGAGCUAGCCAAGGGAGGAGAAGGGGAAGAACCAUCCGUAGGCACAUGCUGCCCCGCCUGGUCCGAGCAAUUAGAGGCUUUCAAAGAAGAGUUCGAAAAGCUUGUUGAAAAACUAAGAGGAAAUACCUCCUCUUUAGAUAUAACAUCCUUGACCAACAAGCAAAAGGAUUUGGAGAAGAGUCAUUCAGGUCAAAUUAAGCUUUUAGAAAAACUAGAAGCCUUACAUAACAGUCAAGCAUCUGAGAUCACAGAAAGUUGUUGUCAGAAAGAGAAAAUAGUGGAAAAUAUAGAAAAGUGUUUGGUAGACUUGAAAUCGGUUAACGCACUGUCUGAGUCAAAGAAGAUAGUUGGCUCUCUUCAAGAAAGACUGAAUCAAACAAGUGGAACUCUAACAAGUACCGAAAGACUGCUGAUCGCUGAGGAAGCAAAUAUCCGAAAAAUCACAUAUUUGUGCGGAGAAUUGUGCCCAAAUCAAAAGAAACAAAGACUCGGUGAACAAUCGACUAGUGUAAGCCUACUGGAGGCACAAGUGAACGAAAUGAAUGAUAAAGCUCCGGGAAUAGUUGAACUUGCAGGCUCGUUAAAUUGGACAGCACAUCUUAAAUCUAUAAACCAGGUGAGGCAAAGAUUCAUGGGUUUUAUGAUCGAACAGAGACAGAAAGAUGUUAACUUUCACGUGGCCAAUAUUUAUGAAGAGCCAUCGGAUGAGUCGCUAAAAGAGCUGACCCGGAGACUGGACCAGCUGGAGGCGAUGCUAAAUGGACUCCGUCCGAAGAACCAGACCUAUGAACAGAUCCUGUUGGACCGCAUGGGGGGCCUGGAGCAGGGCCUGAGAGACCGUCUGAGUGUCCUGAACGCGAGGAUCAAGAAGACCGAAGCGGAUGCAAAAAACUGCAACUCGGACUGCGACUGGGGGGAGCUGCCGACCAUGGCAGAACUCCAGCAGAGAGUUAAGGCUAUGGCAGCAUCGGUAAAGAGUCGUUCCGGAAAGCGUAGCUAGGAAAACCUUAAAAAC